AUGGAUAUAGCGACGGCGACUUACCACAAGCAGGUUCGAAAAGACCUCUACGCCCUUAUCCGGGGCAUGAGGAACCACAAGGGCAAUGAGAAGGAAUACAUCCAGAACAGUCUGAAGGAAUGCCGCCGCGAAGUCCGCAGUCCCGACAUGGACAACAAGGCCACCGCUCUGCUCAAGCUCGUCUACCUCGAGAUGUUCGGCCAUGACAUGUCCUGGGCUUCGUUCAACGUUCUCGAGGUCAUGUCUAGCCAGAAGUACCUGCAAAAGCGCGUUGGCUACCUCGCUGCUGUCCAGACCUUCCGUCCCGACACUGAGGUCCUGAUGCUGGCCGAGAACCUGCUCAAGAAGGAUUUGAACUCGCCACAACUCCCUACCAUAGGCCUCCCACUGGUCACCAUUCCUCACGUCGUCAACCCAUCUAUGGCCAAUUCGCUCUUGACCGAUCUUCUACCCCGCCUUACCCACUCCUCGCCCGCCAUUCGCAAGAAGACCAUUGUCACUCUGUACCGUUUGGCCCUAGUCUACCCCGAAACCCUUCGCCCGGCAUGGCCAAAGAUAAAAGAACGUUUGCUUGACGAGAACGAGGAUUCGAGCGUUACCGCUGCCAUCAUCAACGUCGUGUGCGAACUGGGCUGGAGGAGACCACACGAUUUCUUGCCCCUGGCUCCUCGUCUGUUUGAACUCUUGGUCCAAGGCUCCAACAACUGGAUGGCUAUCAAGAUUAUCAAACUCUUUGCUACUCUUGUCCCUCUCGAGCCCAGAUUAAUCAAGAAGCUGCUACCCCCACUCACCACUUUGAUCAAGACUACUCCUGCAAUGAGUCUACUCUAUGAGUGUAUCAAUGGUAUCAUCCAAGGCGGUAUACUGGACGGCGCAGAAGGUACUGUCGAAGGUGACGAGAUCGCUCGUCUCUGCGUGAGCAAGCUCCGCGGUAUGCUUGUGGUCGAGGGUGAUCCGAACUUGAAAUACGUUGCUCUGCUUGCAUUCAACAAGAUUGUUGCUUCGCAUCCUCAACUUGUCGCCUUACAUUCUGACGUUGUCGUUGAAUGCAUUGAUGACCCUGAUAUCUCGAUUCGCACAAGAGCUUUGGAUUUGGUCUCCGGAAUGGUCGAUCCCAGCAACCUCAUGCCUAUUGUCGAACGUCUUCUUCGACAGCUCAGAGAGGCUACCCCAGCCUCGGCUGCUGACGAUCCAACAAAUGACAGAGGUAUGCACGCUGGUGUCGUUCCCUCUGGGGAUUCGGAUGACGAAGAGGCAACCGAGUCAUUACGAAGGCGAGAGGCGCGCUCUUCAGAAGCGCCGCCGCUCCCUGAAGACUACCGCCAGAGUGUCAUCGAGAAGAUACUCGACAUGUGUUCAAGAGAUACGUAUUCCAACAUUACCGACUUUGAGUGGUAUGUUGGCAUCUUGGUCGACCUUGUCGGUCACUGUCCAUCCGUGAGCACUCAGACCUUGGACAACUCCUCGAGACCUACCAAGGAUAUCGCUCACAACAUCGGCCUUGAGCUUCAGAAUGUUGCUGUUCGCGUGAAGAGUGUGCGGCCAGAAGCAGUGGCAGCGGCCCAAUCGCUCAUAAUAGUCGAACGAAGAAGAGACAUGUUCCCUGCUUCUGGAAAUGGCGCACAGGCUGUCCUCGCUUCUGUAGCCUGGAUGGUCGGCGAAUACCCUGACUUGCUUCCCGAUCCACAGGCUGUUUUGAGUUCGCUUCUCCAUUCUUCGAGCGCCCAACUGCCUGCCAAUAUUCUUGCCAUCUACGUUCAAGCUAUACCCAAAGUGUUUGCUCGUCUGACCUCUAGCCAAGAACGAUCAUGGACCGCCUCUCGAAAAUCACAAUCUGAUCUACUGAUGGCUAGAAUUAUUCACUUCUUGGAACCACUCGUACAACAUCCUAAUCUUGAAGUCCAAGAACGAGCUGUCGAAUAUCUGGAAUUGAUGCGUGUCACUUCCGAAGCGAUCCAGGCUCAUGCCGUUGAGGGUGAAGACGAUGGAUUCGUUGAUGCUCCCCUUNUGCUUACUCAGGCCAUACCAUCACUAUUCAUGGGUCAGGAACUCAACCCUGUCGCUCUUGGCGCUCUCAGCAGGGUACCGCUUACCGAAGGGCUGGAUCUUGACACACCAAUCAACGACAACUUACAAAUACUUUUGUCGCAAGCAGAUUACGACGACAUGUCUUAUCCGGAUGAAGACAAUGUCUCCAGAUUCUACUUCGAAAAACCUUCGGCGCUGGCUGUUCAACCCACAGCAGCUGCUGAUUACCUUGAGCCUCAGGAAGCACAGCAGACCGGGUCCUAUCAGUCCGAAGACCGCAAUAUCGAUCCAAAGGACAUUGCUAAGAAGAAAGCCGAGAGACGUGAACGUUAUCGUGAUGAUCCAUUCUACAUUGACUCUGAGCGCGGAUCCGGAACCUCAACACCUCUACACAACAUCCUUAAAAGCAGUAACGGUGAAGAUUUGGAUAUCGACUCAAUCCCUAUCAUGGACCUGCAACUCGACAGCAACAACACCGCGGCCGAGGCAGACCGACUUCGUAAGUCUAAGGCUUCGAAGAAAUCACGCAAUAAACGUGUCGAGAUUGCUCAAGAUGAGACUAUCGGCGAUGACACACCGACAUCUGUAGCGGCACCUACGAAGCCAUCUCUUCUCAGUAGGCCCAAANAAUCUCUGUUGCACGUCGACAGUAGUGGACUUUCGUCCCUCUCUUUGUCAGAAGACGCUUCGGCGCGCGAAACACAACUAGACUUUGAGCGUCGACAGCAAGAGGNNGAAGAAGAGAUGGCGAAAGCAAUCAAGGAAGUCGAACGUGCACGUCUGGAAAUGCAGCGAGCACAGGAAAGAGUGGAAGCAAGUCAUAUACCCGAAGAAGGCACCGUAGUCAAGCGUAAGAAGAAGAAGACGAAAACAAAGACUGAAGAGGAGAAACCGACAGAAUCAGAAAAGACACAAGAUGACGGUGCACUAGAUACCACGGUGGUCAAAAAGAAGAAAAAGAAGAAGACCAAGGAGGAAAAGGUGGAGGAUGCAGGAGAGAGUGCUGGUGCAGAGGUCGAGGCAGCCACGGUCAAAACGAAGCGAAAGAAGAAGAGACAGAUCAACUUCGACGAGCAAGCGGAUACGUCAGCUGCUUGA